CCGAAAAGGAAGAAAAAAAAAAAAAACUCGCGUUUUGUACGAUCAAGAGCACGUUUGGUGUUUGUUGCAAAUCAAGAAAGACAAAAAGAGAGCAAGUAUAGAGUCCUCGGGCGCAAAAUGCAUCGCGAGAACGAAGUUACACUCUUGGGGAGAGCAACGGAGCACGCGGCCGAUAAUAAAACAUUAUAAAGAGAGCUGCGACCAUGGGCAGGGGCAGCAGAGCACAACAGUUCGCGAGCCUGAUAACAAGUCGGGCCGAUGAGAUGCUGCGCGCAGCCACAGUUAAGUUGACCGGUAGAUGGAACGGGAGGUGGUCGCAGGUGAAAUCGGCAAGCAGCGAAGCCGUUGUUAAAAAGCCCGAGCCGUCGAUCGAUUUGCCCGAAAGUGCGGAUGUCGUCGUCAUCGGUGGUGGGGUGGCAGGUUGCAGCGCGCUUUACCAAUUGGCGAAGCAAGGCCUGCGAGCCGUGCUCCUGGAGCGCUCGAAGCUGACCUCGGGCACGACCUGGCACACCGCGGGCAUGGUCUGGAGCCUCCGGCCCAGCGAAAUCGAGAUACAACUCCUGCGAGCCACCCAAGACACGAUAGCCGAACUGGAGAACGAGACCGGGGACAACGUGGGCUGGACGAACAACGGGGGCCUAUUUAUCGCCCACAACGACGUCAGGAUGGACGAGUACCGCCGGCUCGUCGACAUGGGCAAGGUACUCGGGGUCGGGGCGCGACUAAUCACACCCCACGAGGCCCGCGACCUCUUCCCCCUCCUCGAUCCGGCGGCCUUUCGUGGUGCCAUCCACUCGCCCAGGGACGGCUCCCUCGACCCGGCGAUGCUAACGGCCGCUCUGAGCAAGUGCGCCCGCAGCCGAGGGGCCAAGUUGGUCGAGAACUGUCCAGUGACGCGCAUCCUGACGGACGAGCGCACCUUCGGCUCGAGGCGGGUGAAGGGGGUGGAAACCGAGCACGGGAUCGUGCGCACGAGUUGCGUGUUGGUCGCCAGCGGUGCUUGGUCGCGGAGCAUAGCGCGAAUGGCGAAGCUCGACGUGCCCCUUGUACCGAUGAAACACGCGUACAUCGUCACCGAGCCGAUACCCGGGGCUGUGACUAGGGGCGCACCCAACGUGCGCGACCACGACUACAACAUCUACAUGAAGGUGCAGGCCGAGACUCUGCAGAUCGGGGGCUACGAGGCGAACCCGAUAAUACUGCGCUGCGUGCCCCGGGACUUUAACUUUGGCCUGUACGAGCUCGAUUGGAACGUAUUCAACGCCCACCUCGAGUCCAUGGUCAAGAUCGUGCCCGAGCUCGCGACCACCGGUAUCAAGUCGACCGUUUGCGGGCCCGAGAGCUUCACCCCCGAUCACAAGCCGAUCAUGGGCGAGGACCCGCGCUGCUCGGGGUUUUUCUACUCUUGCGGCUACAACAGCGCCGGUAUGAUGUACAGCGGCGGCUGCGGCCAGACCAUCGCCGACUGGAUCGUUAACGGCAGACCAAAGGACCACGUGUUCCCCUACGACAUUCGGAGGUUCACGCCCGAGCAAGCGAGCGACAUGGUCUGGGCUAACGAGAGAUCACACGAGGCCUACGUCAAAAACUACUCCAUCGUGUUUCCGAACGAUCAGCCCCUCGGUGGAAGGAAUUUCAAAACCAGCUCGUUCCACGAUUUCCUGGUUAAGGAGGGGGCAGUGAUGGAGGAGAGGCAGGGGUGGGAGCGGCCGGGCUGGUUUUUAAAGGACGGGACAGCUCCGGUGCAACCGUACGACUACUACGGGAGCUACGGUACGACGAAAAACCCGAAAAACAGGUACGCCGAUGUAUUGGCCCAGGACCACACCUUCGACUACCCGGCCCAUCACGACAUAAUACAAGAGGAAGCCCUCGCCUGCCGUAACAACGCGGUGCUCUUCGACAUGUCGUACUUUGGUAAAUUCUACCUCUGCGGGCCGGAUGUGCAAUUGGUGGCCGAUUACCUGUUCACCGCGAAAACAGACUCCGACGUCGACAGGAUCGUGUAUACGUGCAUGUUGAACGAACGCGGUGGCAUCGAGGGCGAUUGCACCGUCACGUGGAUACUGCCCGGCUCGAGCGGAGUUGCCGAUCCGAUCUUCAAGGGCAAAGCCCUCUACGUUGUUUCCGGCGGUCUGUCGUCGUACCACACGUGGGCUCACAUCCGCCGAGCCAUCGCGAAAAAGGGCUUCAACGUCAGUCUGCACGACGCGACCCACCAAAUGGGCAUUUUGUCGCUCCAGGGACCCAACAGCCAAAAAAUACUGCAAAACGUGGUCGACAGCGACAUAAGCGACGAGGCGUUUCCCUUCUCAACUUCGAAAUUGAUGCGGGCCAACGGCAAGUUGGUCCGAGCCUUUAGAAUUAGUUUUGUGGGCGAGCUCGGUUACGAGCUGCACAUUCCACUGCAGUCCUGCGAAAAAGUUUACCACGGGCUCGUGGAGCAAGGGAAACAAAUGGAUUUCAAGUUGGCCGGUUACAGGGCGCUCUACGGGCUUAGUUGCGAAAAGGGCUACCAUUUGUGGAAUGCGGAUUUGAGGUCGGACGAUAAUCCUAUUGAGGCAAACUUGGGAUUCACGUGUAGAAAAGAUGGUGGGUACUUGGGUAGCGAAGCUGUUGAAAACUUGCGCAAAAACGGGGUCAAAAGGAAAUUUGCCAUUUUACAUGUUAAAGACAAAGUACCGUUGUGGGGUAUGGAAACGGUUUAUAGAAAUAAAGAAAUCGUUGGCUACUUGCGUAGAGCUGAAUACGCUCCACAUUUUGGAUACAGUAUUGGACACGCAUACGUGAAUCAUCCCAAUGACGAUAUUGUGACAAACGAGUUUCUAGAGUCUGGAGAGUACGAGGUCGAGGUGUUGGGCAAAAUGCACCCAGCUGAAAUAUAUUUAAAGAGUCCAUUCGACCCCCAAAAUAAAAGGCUGUUAAAUCAUUAUGAUCAAUUGUAAAACUUUGUAUUUUUAUACGAUUGUUAUUUUUACACGCAUUCCAUGACAAUUUUUUUAUGCUUAUGUACAAAGUCAAUUUACUAACGAUAUUUAUAGAUAUACUAUUUUAAAUGUACAUAAAUUAAAUACAAAAACUUAAUCGUGUAAAAUAGU